GUCAUUCUCACUCAAAACAAGCCCUCUUUUCAUGUGUUUGGUUGUGGGGUGGCAUAGUUUGUAAUCUAAAACCCAAUCGUAUUAAAAAUCCCCCCCAAAAUGGGUGAUCGCAAUCAUGAUCCGGGCAUUAUGGACAAAUCGAUGCGUUCGGUGUUCGUGGGCAAUAUCCCGUACGAUGCGACUGAGGAAGCGUUGAAGGAAAUCUUCUGUGAGGUUGGUCUGGUGCUGUCCAUGAAGUUGGUGUACGAUCGUGAAUCUGGAAAGCCGAAAGGAUAUGGAUUUUGCGAGUACAAGGACAAAGAGACUGCACUGAGCGCGAUGCGUAACCUGAACGGGUACGUGUUCGGUGGACGCCCGCUACGCGUGGACAACGCUUGCACGGAAAAGUCCCGCAUGGAAAUGGCUGCCCUGCUGCACGUGAACCGUGCCGAAAGCCCGUACGGCGAGCACUGCUCGCCACAGCAUGCGCCGGAAGUGAUCACGAAGCACGUUAGCAGCAUGCCACCGGAACGCUUGCACGAGCUGAUGCUACAGAUGAAACAGUUGGUGCAAACCAACCUUUUCGAGGCACGGCACCUGCUCAUGCAAAAUCCUCAACUAGCGUACGCACUGCUCCAGGUGCAGGUGCUCUCGAAGGCGAUCGAUCCCGCCGCAGCUUAUUCAUUUCUGUACAAAUCCCAAUCCACGCCCAACUUUAACGACCAAUUUCAACCAAACCAACCUCAAGGUGGGGGCAUGCAGGGGAAUUCGGCACAAUUCAUGCCGAUACCUUUCGGUGGAAAUGGGAAUGCCGAUAACUAUCGCCCGAACGUGGAUCCUCGACUCGGGCGUCAGGCCGCAUCGGGUGUAAACGAUUACGAUCACCGGAAUCGUUUUGCAGCCGGCGCACAGGCAGCGCAAAGACCAACGCCCCUGCCGCCACAAAGUGCCCCACCAUUCCCAACCGAUCCGAGACAGCGGCCCGUCGACCCGCGGAUGGGUAAGGAUCCCCGCUUGAUGAAUGCUGCCGGUGGCCAUUUCGCACCGAACGCAAAUCAAUCCCAACCAAGCGUUGGUGGAAGACCGAUGGUUCCACCGCCCAGUGCCGCAUCGCUAUCGGCGGCCUCGUCCGGACUGAACUUGGAUCCGCUGCCUAGCGAUGCCACCGAUCAGGAGAAGGCCGCACUGAUCAUGCAAGUGCUGCAGUUGUCCGACGAACAGAUCAACCUGUUGCCCCCGGAGCAGCGCAACAGUAUCCUGGUACUAAAGGAGCAAAUAGUGCGAAGUACGCAAAUCAGAUGAAUAUUACUUGAGAUAGAGAUAAAGUUGGUCCAAAAAUGAUGAAGAAUAAAACGUAUGCACCGAAUAUGAUGUGCUGUUACACUUA